CGGAAAGGAACGAUCAGCAAGCCGCUUGCGGUCUAGCACUAGAGCAGCCCGGUCGCUCACUUACAAAUGCGACCGGGUUGCAAGUGAAGGGGAAGGCAGUGUGAGGUCACGCUCCCCAUUGGGAUCCUCAGCCUCCAGGUUGUUGGUCUCGGCGGGUGGGGCCUCUGCUGUCCGACCCAAAACUUUUAAAGGCACAGUAAGGGCUAUAAUAAGCCCAGAGGAUAAUAGUAUGGAAUUAGGAGCUGAAGUGCUCCAAACAAGUUCUUAUUCUGCACUACCACAGAGAAUAAGUCAUGAUGCCACAACAAAUAUGGCUGCUAGUCCACAUAUUGUGUAUUCCACUCCCAAGAUGGCCACUGCCACCUCCAAUAUGGCUACUACCACAUUUAAAGCAGCGACUUACAAUCCCAAUAUGCCACCUGAACUGGCAGAAGACCUGCCACUGUCAGCUGGCAUGAUAAUUCAACUCAUUAAAGAUUUGAGAGUUGAUUUGAAAAACUACUUUAAAAAAGACUUUGACGCAUUAUAUGGAGCCAUGGAGGGCAUUAAAAAACGAACGGAAAUAACAGAGAAUAGAUUGCACUCUCAAGAGCAAUCUCACCUGGAUCUGGUUGAAACUGUAAAAGCAAGCGGAAAAGUUAGCGGAUGCAGAGUAUAG